ACGUCAAUAUAGGAACAGGAAGUAAGUACAACAACAACAGAAGCAGGUGUAGUAAGCAGUAAGUAAAAAGCGAUUAUCGUGUGAUUUAGUAGUUUGAGUGUCUUCUGGGGGAAAUGAAAAAUAUUCCUCACAUAAAUUCAGAAACAUUUUCGCAGAUGCUGUUUUGGUGUUCAUUUUGGUGUUCACUGCAACAGUUUGGUGUGAUUAGCAUUAGCCUGCUAGCCUGAAGUCGAGCAGCUUGUCUUUGUAGUCUUUGACUUUCCCACCUUCUCUUGGUACCGCGGCAGCCGCUAAUCAAAUAACAAUGGAGACUCGCUUCACCCGAGGCAAGUCUGCAAUUUUGGAGCGGCCUCUGAGCCGCCCCAAAACCGAAGUGAGUGUGAGUGCCUUCGCCCUGCUGUUUUCGGAGGUGGUGCAGUACUGCCAGAGCAGGGUGUACUCGGUGUCCGAGCUGCAGGCUCGUCUGGCCGAGCUGGGUCAGCGAGUUGGAGCCAGCCUUCUGGACGUGCUGGUCCUGAGAGAGAAGAACGGCAAGAGGGAGACUAAAGUACUGAACAUACUGCUUUUCAUUAAGGUCUCUGUGUGGCGAGCUUUGUUUGGCAAGGAGGCAGACAAGCUGGAGCAGGCCAACGACGAUGACAGGACCUACUAUAUCAUUGAAAAAGAGCCCCUCGUCAACAUGUACAUUUCUGUGCCUAAGGAGAAUAGCACCUUGAACUGUGCAGCCUUCAUCGGAGGGCUUGUAGAGGCCAUCCUCACCCACAGUGGCUUCCCUGCCAAGGUCACGGUCCACUGGCACAAGGGCACCACACUCAUGAUCAAGUUCAGCGAGGCGGUGAUCACCAGAGACAAAGCACUUGAAGCCAGAUAGAGCGGGGACAAUAGGGUGACAUAUUGUAUGAAAGAUUGAGAGGAAGUAUGGGUGGGUGGGGUUAUAAUGUUCAUUUAGAGCUGGAAUGUCUCUAAUACCGUUGCAGAUUGUGGUGAAGAUAGCAAAAUAAUUUUAGUAAGUGUGGAUAGCAAAUGUACUGAUUCAAGAGAAUCUACUCUACAAAAUGAAAAGAAGACUCAAACUGCAACAAGCAAACAUUUUCAUGGGCUAUUACAAUUCUGUAGAAUGUAAGCUGAUCUAUUUACAUGUCAUCAACUGGCCCAUUAGAUACUAAUACUAAUAGAGAAAUCGUGUAUCUCUGUAGAAGGCUGCAUUGUAUACAACAUAAUAUCUGUUACUCUGAUAUAUUUGUUGGAUAGACUGGAAAGUGCGACAAUUUCAGAGAAUGUUACUCAUCACACUAAAACUUAUUCAUCUGAAGCUGUUGGUUAAUCUUGUGCUGCAGAUGAGGUUUUUGUUUUUUGUACAGAGUAGGCUGACACCAACAAUUUCCAAGCCAAGCAGCUGAUGGAAAAUCUUCCAUUUCCUAGUGUUACCAUAUGUCAGAUAAAACGUGUGACUGCAUCUGUAAUGACAAGUCUGAUGGGAUAAUAGCUGUGUCCCUCACAGACGGUCUACACACGUUGGUAUUGUGGGAUCACCUGAACACAGUCUAACAGGAAUCUGUCCACAGGUGGAGCAGCUUUACUUGUGUCAUACAUUAAAAGCCUGCAGUUAAAGCAUUAUGGUUGGCAUGUCUGCAAAAUAUUGUUUAUGCCUGUAUUUUCUUUUCUAAAAUAUAAAUAAGUAUGUGAAGGGAUGAUUUUU